AUGUCAAAAGGUGCUGACAAUUGUUAUUCUUCGCAACUUUAUCAGACAGCCAAGCACGAUGUCUUUCCGGUGAAUUGCCAUGAUAAUGCGCUGGUAAAUACUUUGUCGUUGGAGAAGGAUGAGUAUAGGUUUCUUUUGAGUGGAUGUGGAGACUCGAGUAUUAAGCUUUGGGAUAUCAAGGAGCAAGAAGUUGUACGAGAGGAAAACGAAGUAGAUUCACUGUUGAACACACAACAUCAUCCAUCAAAGUUUGACCUGUUUGACUAUGACAAUCCCACUUCGGUGUACAAGAAUAUUGCAACAAUUCCCAGGAGAACCGAGCACAUAUUUGGAGUUUCUAGCAUUCAGUGGUGGCCAUUCGAUACGGGGAUGUUUGUAUCUUCCUCGUUUGACCAUACUGUUAAGAUUUGGGAUACAAACGAAUUGACCUCGGUGCACACGUUCAAUUUGAACAAUCGUGUAUAUAGUAUUGACGUUUGUGGCGAAACCUCAUUAAUUGCAACUGCAAGCGACCAGCCAAUGGUUAGGAUUUUGGAUAUCAAGUCCACAUCCAGUGCUCAUACAUUAAAGGGCCAUAAGGGAAAAACACUUUGUGCAAAAUGGCAUCCAAUAAACCCAAAUAUUUUGGCAACAGGCGGGUAUGAUGGAGAAGUGAAAAUUUGGGACAUAAGAAGAAGUGAAAGCUUGUUAUGCCGCUUGGAUAUGUUGAGAACAAACUGUUCUACUGCUACUGCUGCUGCUGCUGCUGCUACAUCAAGUGAGAAAACGAAUUUGACACAAGAUUCAGUAAAGGCACAUCUGGGUCCAGUUAAUGGAUUAGUUUGGGAUGAAUCAGGAACUCUUUUGUAUUCUGCUGGCAACGAUGACAAGGUUAGGGUUUGGGAUAUGGUUGGCACAUCAUUUCCUCCAAUAAACAAACUAAUCAAUUUUGGACCAUUAACAAGAAAUAAAUUUCCCCAAACAAUACCGAUGCUACUCAAUCCAAAGGGAGAAACUAGUGUUCAGUAUCUUUUGUUUCCAUCGGAAAAUGGAGAUAUUUUAGUAUUGAGGACAAUUGACGGUAAGUUGGUGAAUAGACUAUCGAGAAGCGGGUCGAAAAGUAUUGGUAGAACAUGUUCAAUGGUGAACGGCGGGCCAUUUACGUGCAAAUAUUUUUGUGGAACGGUGGAUGGUGAAAUUAUUUGUUGGAAACCUUUUCCAGAUUACAUAGAUGUUGAUGAUGUAUUUGACGGUAAAGGUGAAGAUGAGGAAGAUAUUGAGGAACAGAUUUUAAGGAGACAUACCAUGGCACUUAAGGCGAAGGAAUUAAUGAAAUCAAUGGAGUUUUGA